UCGCAACGAAACUGGUCCUGGUGGUUCACACAACGCGGAUGCGAAGCGCCCAUGCUCCUCAAAUACAGAAGUUCCGACGUCUUCAUCAUCGGGACAGUGACUUUGGCAGUUUUCACCGACAUGUUCCUCUACGGCGUUAUUGUGCCGGUGAUGCCCUUCGCCAUCUCGUCGCGCAGCCACGUGGACCAAGACCGAGUGCAGUACUGGGUGUCGGUGCUCGUGGCCGUGUAUGGGGCGUCUCUUCUUGCGUUUUCGCCCGUGUGCGGCUGGCUUGCUGACCGCGGGUCGUCCCGGCGCAUGCCGCUUCUUGUGGGAUUGCUUGUUUUGCUGGGAUCCACGGUGUUGCUGAAUCUUGGCAAUUCGAUUGGGGUGCUGAUUACUGGGCGUGUGUUGCAAGGGGCUUCGGCCGCUGUGGUGUGGGUUGUUGGGCUUGCGCUGUUGGCUGAUACCGUGCCCCAGGAUCAGCUUGCCACAGCAUCUGGGUGGCUGUCGACGGGCAUGUCACUGGGCAUGCUGAUAUCUCCACUUCUGGGGGGUAUCGUGUAUGAUCACGCUGGCUACAAUGCUGUUUUUGGCAUGAGUUACGCACUAAUCGGGCUGGACGUGAUUCUUCGAUUGCUCCUUGUGGAAAAGAAGGUGGCGGUAAGAUGGGAUGCCAGUGCGAUAGGACGGCGACCAGUCGAGGCGCAUGACAGCCUAGGUGGAGACACUACACCACAAAGUGAGGCAUCAGAUGCUUCCAAAACGCCAGCCCAGUCGGAAUCCAGCCAGCUCGAAAUGCAGCGGCAAGGACCGCCUCGACGGCGGCUGCGGGAUCGCCUUCCUCCCGUUGUAUCACUGCUCUACUCCCGACGCUUGCUUGCCUCGCUGUUUUGCGCACUCAUUCAGGCGCUUUUAUUGACGGCAUUCGACUCGGUUCUUGCUAUUCACGCUGCGAAAACCUUCAACUGGACAGCAACGGGGGCGGCGCUGUUGUUUCUUCCCAUUGUCAUCCCGAGCUUUCUCGCGCCGUUUUGGGGCUGGCUGUGCGACAAGUACGGUGGACGAUACCUUGUCGUCAUCGGGUUCUUAUGCGGCUGUCCGCCGCUGGUGUGCUUGCGUUUUGUCACGGAGAAUACGAUGAGGGACAAGGUACUUUUAUGUGCGUUGUUGGCAAUCGUGGGUCUCUUCAUUGGCAUGACGUUUGCGCCCGUCAUGGCUGAGAUUUCAGCCGUGGCGGAAGCAAAGGAGAGGAGGUUAAUUGCAAGCGGACGGCCUGGGUUUGGAAAAGGCGGUGCAUUUGCUCAAGCCUAUGCGUUGUUCAAUAUGGCUUUUGCUGGAGGCUCUAUGGCCGGGCCAUUGCUAGCUGGGUUCAUUGUUGAAGCACAUGGGUGGGCGACCAUGGCAGCGGUACUGGGAGGACUAUCUGCCGCAGCCGCAGUACCUGGAUUUCUGUGGCUAGGCGGCUGGAUCGGCGGGAAGCUGCAAGUUUCGCGGUAGAAUAACGUACGAAUACUGGAUGUGUGUAUGAAUUGUAUGGUAGGCCGGAGCAUGCUGGC